ACUCCUUUCGUCAAACCAAACACCAUGACUCAAAACGAUGUUCAUCUUUACAGUAUAGAAGGUCACGCCGGGUUAGCUGAACUUUGUGUUUCUGACUCUAAUAUCAAGCACCGCAGCAAAAACUGCACUAUAUUUCAAGUACUACAAAAGCUCAUGGAACAUUUUGAGAAGAAAAAUGAAGCAGUUGGGAAAGACAUCAAUAAAACCAGUGAUGAAGUUCUUCUAUUGAAAAAUGUGAUGAAUGGUCUCAAAACUAACUUAACAGACUUACUGCAGACAUCCAAAAAGGACGACAUCCCUUUGACAGUGGCACACCUGAGAGGCUCGAGGCCCUCUGACAAAUUUACUUGGGAAAGCAGCCCUGACAUGUGUAAGGGGGACGUCCGCUAUGACACCUCUGAGAGGUGCUUAACCGUGCAGCGAGAGGGACACUUUCUCGUGUACAGCCAGCUAUGCUUAUGGGCUCCAGGAACGAGUUCAACUGUGACUUUUGAACAUAAGAUAGAGAGAAGGAGUGGAAGUCUAUGGUGGGACGAGCUUUAUAAAAUCUUAAACUUGCGGGACAGCAGCCGAACUGAAUGUACCUCUUUGUCAGGUAUAAUAUAUCUUAAAGAAAACGACAGUGUGAGAGUUAAUCUAGAAUAUGAAGAUUUAAUUACCAGGGACCGCGAGUUUAAUUCCUUUGGUUUAUACAUGCUCCCAUAACCAUAAUGAAAUGGAUACUGGGAGGCACUGGUUUUAUCUGUAAACGUAUAUGCGUUGCAUUUCUGGUGACUCCUGUCUGCGUUUCAAACUUGUGAUAGUUGUAAUGAAAUGCAAACUGAAAUUAUUGCCUUGAUGUUCCCUUUUUCACACCCUGAGCUUCAGAGAU